AAAACAUGGCCGAGCCAGAGCCGUUGGUCCGAGGUCUGAUAAUCCUCAUGACGUGCUUUCUCCUCUUCCACCAGAGCUCGCCGGCGGCGAUCGCACCAACACCACCAGCAGGCAUCCUCUGCAUCCCCGGCGAGCGGGACGCGCUUCGCGACUUCAAGGCCGGCCUCAACGACUCCGGCAACAUCAUGUCAUCGUGGCGAGGUGCGGACUGCUGCCGGUGGAAGGGUGUCGUUUGCAGCAAUCGAACCGGCCACGUCGUCGCGCUCCGAAUCAACAGCCCAAUCAAUUCAUACACUUUAAUUGGGACCAUUGGAGGUGAGAUACGCUCCUCCUUGCUCACUUUACGGCAUCUGAAGCAGCUGGAUCUCUCAAACAAUGACUUCGGCGGCCAACCCAUCCCGGAGCACAUCGGCGCCCUCCGAAGCCUGACGCAUCUUGACCUCUCUUACUCUAAUUUCGGCGGCAGGAUUCCUCCCCACAUCGGAAAUCUCUCGAAUCUGCUCAGCCUCCAUCUCAACAGCUAUCCCUAUCACCCGCCGGAAAUUCAGGUCGUACCCCACUCGCAUGAUCUCGCAUGGGUGUCGCGCCUGAGGAAGCUGCAAGUUCUCAGCAUGUCUGGGGUGGACCUCAGCGCUGCCGUCGACUUGUUUCAGGCUGUCAACAUGCUCCCUGGUCUCAUACAUCUUGAUUUAAGUUAUUGUGGCCUUCAGAACACUAUGCCUCCCCCGUUGCAUUCCAACCUCACAUCGUUGGAGAGCCUAGACCUGCAGUAUAACCCCUUCAACACCUCUCUUGUAGCCAAAAAUUUGGUCUGGCUCUGGGAUCUUCCUAACCUCCAAAUACUCAUUCUAAGUACAUGUGGGAUCCAUGGUCCUAUCCCUGACAUAGUGGGGAACUUGACCUCCCUUCAAACUCUAUAUCUUGAUUCCAACCAAUUUACCGGCAUGGUGCCAUUGACCUUCAAGAAACUGAAGAAACUGCAGUGCCUCGAAUUAUCAGCUAACUUCAUCAACAUGGACGUAACAAAGCUACUGCAUCUGUUGCCUUCAAAUGAAUUGCAAAUGCUAUAUUUGAGCUACAAUUCUUUGACGGGGAGCUUGCCAGAUUGGAUAGGGCGCUUUAGCAGCUUGAAGGUGCUUUACCUCGACCAUAACAAGCUGUCUGGGGAGAUACCAGUUGGUAUACGGGAACUUAGAAAUUUGACAGAAUUAUGUCUAGACUCAAACAACCUACAUGGUACAGUCACCGAGGACUAUUUCACAAAUUUAACUACCCUACAGACCCUGUGGAUCUCUAAUAAUUCCUUAACCGUGAAGGUCGAUAGUACAUGGUACACUCCAUUCAGGUUGAUUUCAGCAGGCUUUAGCUCUUGCAUUCUAGGGCCCCAAUUUCCAGCUUGGCUUAUCCAACCAACAAUUAAGGUUCUUGAUAUUUCGAACACAAGCAUACAUGAUAACAUUCCUGCUGAGUUUUGGACUGGUAGUUCCUACUUGAGGUUGGAUAUGUCAAAAAAUCGACUUGUUGGCAUGCUUCCUAAGACCCUUGGUGACCUCCAACUAGAAAUAUUGGAUAUCAGUUCUAACGAGCUCACUGGUCCAAUUCCAACACUUCCCAAGACGCUCAGCUACAUGGACCUGUCUAACAACAAUCUAUCAGGCCCACCGCCAUCAGGCACCGAAGGGCUAAUGCUACAAGCACUGCUUCUCUUCAACAAUUCCUUGUCUGGGACCAUUCCCUGCUCCCUGCUUCAGUUGCACCUAUUGGAAUCUCUUGAUCUAUCAAACAACCUGCUACACGGGACAAUUCCUAAGUGCCCUCAAGGACACAAAACCUUGAGUAUUAUAACCCUUAACUUGGAAAGCAACAAUCUUUCAGGACCAUUCCCUAUGCUUCUCCAGAGGUGCAGAAGGUUAAUCUUACUUGAUCUGGCGUACAAUAAUUUUUCUGGGAGCCUACCAACAUGGAUCGGGUCAAGGUUACCACAAUUGGCACUUUUGCGGUUGCGCUCAAACAUGUUCUCUGGUGGCAUCCCUGGCCAACUAAGCAGGAUGAAGGGGCUUCAGUAUUUAGACAUUGCAUGCAACAACAUGUAUGGAAAUAUACCAGAGUCAUUUGGAAAUCUUACAGCUAUGACUCUUGCUCCCAAUGAUAGUGGUGCCCUUUUCGAACUUUUUGAAGCUGACUAUGGCUUGGACAACAUGGUCCCUAAAUAUUUUAGUGAUAGUUUAUUGGUUGACACAAAAGGUCAACAGCUUGAAUACACCAGUGGGAUCGCAUAUAUGGUAAACAUUGAUUUAUCUUGCAACGGUUUAACGGGGCAGAUUCCUUCAGAAAUUGGCAAGCUCGUUGCAUUGAAGAAUUUGAACUUGUCAUGGAAUAGUGUUAGUGGCAUAAUGCCCCAAAGUAUUGGUGAGCUACGGGCAUUGGAAUCAUUUGACCUGUCACAUAAUGAGCUAUCUGGUGAAAUCCCUACAAGUUUAUCAGCUCUAACAUCACUCAGCCUCCUGAACUUGUCAUAUAACAAUUUGACAGGAACAAUACCAUCUGGGAAUCAGUUAAGAACUCUUGACGACCAAGCAUCCAUCUAUAUCGGUAUUCCAGGUCUUUGUGGUCCACCUCUCACUAGGAGUUGCUCAGGAACUGACAAAACUACACUCGUCCCUAAAGAGCACGAAGGCAUGAGCGAUAUGGUUUCUUUUUACCUAAGUAUGUGCCUAGGAUUUGUGGUAGGUCUCUGGAUUGUUUUCUGUGGUUUCUUGUUCAAGAGAAAAUGGAGGAUUGCAUGUUUCUCAUUUUCGGAUCACAUCUAUGAUCGUGUUUAUGUGGAAGUCAGUGUGGGUUGGGCUUCAUUGGCAAGAAAAUUCCGUCAAGGAUAAGGCAACACUUGAGCUUCUCUCCGGGUACCUAUGCUAUGAGAAUAGUAUUAAUAAUUCUUGUUCUGUGGCAUGCUUUUCUUUGGUGUGUGAUUUAGUAUUGUCAUAUGUGUCAGUUAAUAUCUCUCGAAUGUGUAUGAAGGUAAACAUUUGUAACUAUUGUGGAACAUAUAGUUAUUCCAAACUACGAGGUUUAUGCUUUACACAUGUGAAUGGUUGUAUGAAUAGUUGAAUACACACAAGUGCUUCAAUUUGUAA